AUGGGAAACAGUGAGGAAUCAAAGCCAACCAAAGUAGAUAAACAAACUUUACCUGCGGAUCAAACAAAUGUUCAUGUCUAUCCUGAUUGGGCAGCUAUGCAGGCCUAUUAUGGUCCAAGAGUUGCAAUGCCUCCUUACUACAAUUCAGCUAUGGCUGCAUCUGGUCAUCCUCCUCCUCCUCCUUACAUGUGGAGUCCUCAGCAUAUGAUGUCACCAUAUGGAGGGCCAUACGCAGCGGUUUACUCUCACGGAGGAGGAGUCUACGCCCAUCCUCAUCCCGGGAUUCCCAUGGGAUCAUCACAGCCUCAAGGCCAAAAUGUUCCACCUUUAGCAGCAACUCAGCCGGGGACGCCUUUAAGCAUCGACGCAACUCCGACUAAAUCUACAGGGAACACCGACAAUGGACUGAUGAAGAAGCUCAAAGAGUUUGAUGGCCUUGCUAUGUCUCUAGGAAAUGGAAAUGAUGAACAUAAGAACAAACGAUCACGGAACAGCUCGGAAACUGAAGGUUCUAGUGAUGGAAGUGAUGGGAACACAACUGGGGCAGAUGAGCCCAAACUUAAAAGAAGUCGAGAGGGAACUCCAACUAAUGGGAAGCAAUUGGUCUCAUAUCGUUCUGUUUCCCCGUCGAGUGGUGAUAACGGCGUGAAACCUGGUCAAGGAGGUGGAGCUAUAGUCUCUCCUGGUAACGAGAGAGAACUGAAACGGGAGCGAAGAAAACAGUCUAAUCGAGAAUCUGCUAGAAGAUCAAGAUUAAGGAAACAGGCUGAGACUGAAGAACUUGCUCGGAAAGUGGAAGCCUUGACAGCCGAAAACAUGGCAUUAAGAUCUGAACUAAACCAGCUGAAUGAGAAAUCUGACAAACUCAGAGGAGCAAAUGCAACCUUGCAGGAAAAACUGAACAGUACGGAACCUGAAAAGAGAGCCUCCGGGAAUGUGUUGUCGAGAGUCAAGAACUCAGGAAGUGGAGACAAGAACAAGAACCAAGGAGACAAUGAUUCUAACUCUAGCAGCAAACUGCAUCAACUGCUUGAUACCAAGCCUCGAGCUGGUGCUGUAGCUGCAGGCUAA